UUUUAAAAUGCAUCGUAGCGUUUGCGGCUUUGCUUCAUGAUACUUGUUGAUUUAAAAAUUAAUGUGUGUUCCAUUAUUAUACUACUAUGGUGAAUUGGUAUUGAAUGAUGAUAUAAGUGAUUAGAUAGGAAACAAAUCCAACGUGAUGCAAACAGAAAGAUAAGAAGGUUCUUGCUUAGCGUAAGGACUAUUCAAAUAAAUCAACACGCCACCUCCAUUUUCCAAAUAUAUGGUCCCCAAUAUCUCUUUCUUGGAAUUAAGGUUAUUUUUAUUUUACGCCCAAACUUCCACUCCACCGUCUUGAAAAAGUUUCAAUAAUUGAACCCCUAACAACAGAAUACACGCACAAUCAUGUCUUAUUUAGGUGGAGUCUUGUAUAUUCCUUCCAAACACAAAUUGCAACUCUUAAGCUUUUUCAAUUCCAACAAAAUGCAAACAACAUCUCUUGCACUAUUACCAAUCCCUCCUUCAUCAUGCAGUAUAAUACGUCGCAGUGCACCAUUCAUUUCACAGAAAAACAAGAGUUUUAUCUCUGCUUCAAAAAGAGAGUCAUUUGGGCAACAUUAUGAUGGCAAGAUGGUGGAUGAAAACAUGAUCAUUCUAAGAAUGCGAAUCCGUGAGAUUGAGAUGCUGGAAAACAAGUCUAAACCUCCUUCUCAUUGGACAGAAUGGGAGAAGAAGUAUUUUGAGAAUUAUGGUUCGGAUGUAUGUGAUGGAGUUGGAUUGUUGCAAACGAUGUUGAUGAACACUAGACCUGGCUUAGUUGUGGGCAUUUUAGCUAUGAUUAUGCUAAGCAUGUCAAUGUCCAUGUCACUACUUGUGUCUCAAAUGAUGGAGUUGGCCAAUGCCUCAAUGCUAGCUUUUUCAUCUAUCUAAAUUUGGGAACGGCCAAACAUAACAAACGAGAACAAAGAUAAAAUCAGAAUAUAGUAUUAAGUAUUUCGUCAAAGGUGCUAUGGAUUAGAGAGCUGCUAGUAUGUUACAAUUGUUACUUGUUCAUAUUUUUAUUUCACCAAUUUCAUGUAUGAAUUACGGUAAAAAAAAAUCAUAAUUUUCUUAGCAUACUUUUUUUACUUAAGUUUUCAUUAACAUUUUGUAUAUUGAAAAACUCCAAUAACAUUUUUCUUAAAAAUAUUUGUAAGUAAUGUAAUUUUCUCAAAAUUAUUUGCAAGUAAAUAUAUAUAUUUUUUAUAAAUUAUAAAUGUAAUUAUAAAAUCUAUUUUUUUUAACAUUGUAAUUUAGAGUCAAAUUUAAAUAUAGAACCUUAAGAUAAUCAAAGGAGGCCCCAACAAUCUCAUACAAACACUUUUAGUGUUAGGUCGUGCAGAAUUAUACAUGUCACCAUUCAAAUUAUACAUGACACCAUUUCAAGGGUAUCCUUUUAC